CAUCAAAUUCUCGAACUUUAAAAAUGUCAAAACUUUCUUUACAAAAUGCUAUAUUAACUUAUGAACAAUUAGAAACCACACCUUCAAAAAAGGAUAAUAUACCCGAAGAAUUAGAAGAUGAACUUCGUAGAUUAGGAUGCGAUUUCAUUCAAUCUGCUGGAAUUGUCUUGCGAUUACCGCAGGUAGCUAUGGCUACUGCACAAGUACUUUUUCAACGAUUUUUUUAUGUCGCGUCAUUAAAAAAAUUCUCCGUUAGGGACAUAGGUAUGGGGGCUUUAUUCUUGGCUUCAAAGGUUUCAGAAUCGCCAUGUAAAAUUCGCGAUUUAAUAAAUGUUUAUAACUAUUUGAUAAGACGUUAUCGUAAUGAACCAAAUGAACCAUUAGAAUAUUUAGGACAAGUAUUUUACGAAAUGAAAGAUGCGUUAGUAAUAGCUGAAAUGCAAAUACUAAAGAAAUUGGGAUUUAAUGUUCAUGUACAAUUACCAUAUGGAUUAAUGGUUAAUUACUUAAAAGUAUUAGAAUUAACUGAUCAUGAAACAAUUCCUCAAAAAGCGUGGGGAUAUCUUAAUGAUUCGUUAAGAACAAAUGUUUACGUAUGUUAUCAGCCUGCAACAAUUGCUUGUGCUGUUAUAUGGUUAGCUGCAAGGAUAGCUCAAGUCAAAUUACCAACGUCACCUCCAUGGUGGGAAUUAUUUGAAGCUGAGUUAGAAGAUAUGGAAAAUAUAUCCAGGCAUAUCAUGAGAUUGUAUGCUAUAAGGCUACCUUCAAAUUUACCUCUUUCACUUGAUGAAUUAGAAGAUUACUUGAAGAAUUAUGAAGAUAGAAGAAAAUCUGGAAUUAAUGAAAUUAAUGAAAUUAAUGAUAAUAAAGAUGAUUUGGGUCCAGCUCCUAUGGUAACUAUGUAAUCAUUUAAUCGAAGAGGAAAUUGUUUAUUUGAUGUGAAUUAUUAAAUAGUCG